AUGAUGGCUUCAAGUCGAAAGAUGCCGAACAAGCGUCGCGUCCCAGAGUUCGGUGGAGGGGUAGCAGGAAAGUUUGCAGAACUGAUAAGCCAGACAGGGGCGGGCGGUGUCCGAGUCACCCUUGUCCGCGGGACUCGACGGCUCUGCCUGAUCUCUCAGGCGAAACCCAUCCAACCUAGGAUGGAGCUCUCUCGACCACUCAGCCUCGUCCACAUCCUCGCAAAAGCAUUAUUCAAGAUGUUCUCCCGCGCCGCUGUCCGCGCGACCACCCAGGUCGCUGGCCGCCGAGGCUUCCAUGCCACCCGCUCCCAGAUGUCCUCUCCCUACCAUUACGCCGAGGGUCCUUACACCAACAUCCCAUUCAACCCUAAGGCGAAGACCUUCCCACUCCUGUUCUGGGGCUUCUGCGCUACCGGAUUCAGUGCUCCCUUCCUGAUCGCCGACGAAGAGCCGAUCUGGUCUUGCGAUGGUGGCAUGUACAUACCGACGAUGGAGUGGACCUUGGGCUGGCGAGACGAGGACAUGGAGCGCGGAUAG